AAGAUACGAUUGUAUUUCAUAACUCAAGCGUGGGGUUAUCAAUCAAUAUUGUGGUAUUAAAAUUAUGUGAUAACCUAAGAGGUCUUACAAAUCAGUCGCUCUCCACAAUCCACGCAACACGGACGUAUUUCAAAAACAAAAAUUCGACAAAUUCGAAUUUAUUUAAAAACAAACGACAUUUGUAGAAAACAAAAUGGCCGCCGUUAACGGAAAGGAUUCGGACCCUGUCGUACCACCUUCGUCUUUAAUCCGUCGCGUCAGCUCCCGUUCAGUUCGCAAUUCAAUUUCGGAAGAAAAAGAAAAUUGUGAAGGGCAGGUCAAGGGAUCCUUUGUCAGUAAAUACAAAAAGGCACCUGAGAACUUAAAGAGUUUCCAUUUGACUGAUGCGGAGAGCGAGUUGGAAGUCCCUGGUACUCCAAUGACUCCCAGAACUUCGACAACACCUGGUCACGAGAACUGCACCUUCCACCAUGAUCUGGAGCUGGACCACAGGCCACCCACCAGGGAGGCACUCUUACCCGACAUGGCCAACUCAUACAGACUUCUGUUGACCGGUCUUGGAGAGGACCCAGAGAGGGAAGGUCUUCUGAAGACUCCCGAGAGAGCUGCCAAAGCCAUGCUGUUCUUCACCAAAGGCUACGACCAGAGCCUUGAAGAGGUCCUAAACAACGCCAUAUUCGAUGAAGACACGGAUGAGAUGGUCGUCGUCAAGGACAUUGAAAUGUUCUCGAUGUGCGAGCACCACUUGGUGCCUUUCUACGGAAAGGUCUCCAUCGGAUACCUGCCUCAAGGCAAGAUCUUGGGAUUGAGCAAGCUGGCUAGGAUCGUGGAGAUCUUCUCCCGCCGCCUGCAGGUGCAGGAGCGGCUCACGAAGCAGAUCGCCAUCGCCGUCACUCAGGCAGUGCGUCCUGCUGGAGUCGCCGUCGUCAUCGAAGGAGUCCACAUGUGCAUGGUGAUGCGUGGGGUCCAGAAGAUUAACAGCAAGACGGUGACCUCCACCAUGCUGGGAGUCUUCCGCGAUGACCCCAAGACGAGAGAGGAGUUCCUAAACCUUGUACACUCCAAGUGAGAAACAAAAACAACUGACUUUCCCUUGAAACGUUCGUAAUAUUAUUUUUUCCCAAUUUUCUAUCUAUUUUUCGGAUAUUCUACUUUUUCCUUUCUCUAUCUAUCACUGGGUCUAUUUUUCAAUUUAGUUUUUCGAAAAAAUAAUGUUUCGAGCGUUCACGUCGCGUGGAUUAUUUAAUUUUUAAGUUAGCACUAAGUUAUUGCUUUUUAUUGCUCAUAUUUGGUGAUUUAUUAUACUUAGAACAAUUUCUACUGAACAAUAACUAAUAUGUUGCAAUUUGUUCUUUGUUAUUCAUUCAAAAACUCGAAAAAAUAGACACAAUUCAGCAAAA